GUCACCAGGGCUAUCUCAGUCAAGAGACUGGAGACUCAGGGGUCUUCCUAUCUGCCGCGUCUCAUCCGAGUACAACGGUGGAACCCGGCCGCGCCAGAUUCUCUAAUGAGUCCGAUAUUCCCGCCAGAAUGCCGACUCGCGGAUAAAUUGAAGUCAAUAUGAGUGGCCCGGGAAAAAUGGAUAAAUGCGGCUGGAUCGCAAUCUCCACUCUGAGGUGACCAUGCCCCUCCAAUGCCAUCAUUGCCCCUCCGCGGUUCUGGAUGGACCUGCCUUGCCAUGCUGUCCUUGGGAUUUACAGGCCCUCUUAUAAAUCCCGCCUCUGCCUCGUAAUCCCUCAAACUUUUCAACCUCUCUAUUAUCUUCUAUUGAAUUGAGCAAUUCCACGCAAACAACAUGUCAAACACUGAGAACACGAAGAAGGUGUACACCCUCAACACCGGUGACAAGAUCCCCGCUAUUGGUCUUGGUACCUGGCAAUCCAAGCCCAAUGAGGUCAGGGAGGCCGUCAAGAACGCUCUGCUGAAGGGCUAUCGUCAUAUUGAUACUGCCCUUGCAUACGGCAACGAAGCUGAGGUCGGACAAGGUAUCCGUGAUUCUGGCGUUCCUCGUAGCGAGAUCUGGAUCACUACCAAGCUCGACAACACAUGGCACCACUGCGUCCCUGAGGGCAUUGCCAGCUCUCUGAAAGAUCUCGGCGUCGACUACGUCGAUCUAUACCUCGUCCACUGGCCCAGCUCGACCGACCCCAAUGAUAAGAAGAAACACCUUCCCGACUGGAACUUCAUCAAGACAUGGCAAGAGAUGCAGAAGCUCCCAGCCACCGGCAAGGUCCGCAACAUCGGUGUCUCGAACUUCGGUAUUAAGAACCUUGAGAUCCUCCUGAACGACCCCAGCACCAAGAUCGUCCCAGCUGUCAACCAAAUCGAACUGCACCCUAACAACCCAUCGCCCAAGCUCGUCGCUUACAACACAUCCAAGGGUAUCCACUCUACCGGCUACUCCUGCUUAGGAUCCACCAACUCUCCUCUCUACAAGGACCCUACGCUCCUGAAGCUGGCUGAGAAGAAGGGCAAGACCCCCCAGCAGGUACUGCUUGUGUGGGGCCUACAGAAGGGCUGGAGUGUUAUCCCCAAGUCUGUCAGCAAGUCCCGCAUUGAUGCCAACUAUGAGAUCGAUGGCUGGAGCCUGACCGACGAGGAGGUUGAGCAAUUGGACAACCUCAAGGAUCGCUUCAAGCUAGCUCUUUCAAGGUUUGCCUACGCGAAGGCGUACAAAGCCGUAAGGGCAAAAAUUCAUGAACCAGCUCAGCAGGUUUCGCUUCGUCUCCAGCCAGCGUACGCCCGGGUUACUCCCCGACAGCCCAUCAAUCGAGCCGCUGCUAUCCGGCAAGCCCGCAGUCGCCACUUCUCCACCCGUGCGACGGGCUCGUUUGCUUCAUACUUCCAGGCCGCAGCUCAGGGUAGUCGGACUGCUUACCGGUCGUCGCGAGUAGCGUCAAACAUUAGUCGGUUCACCAGUCGAGCACCUUUUGCGUCGACUCUUCGCCCGAACCUCACCGGGGGCACUCUUGGUCGGACCGCAGGAGGUUAUGCGAUUGGUGCAGGCCGCAUUGGGGGUGCGCGAUACUUCUCUCAUGGCGCAGCUGCACCCGCCCAGGUUAUAAACAAUGUCUCUGUUGGUGUGAGAGCGUUUUUCCUCUCUGGACAAAAGGCUCGGUUCGACGGCAUUGAUCCGAUCACGGGAAACAAGAGAUUCAAGGCCGUGACCGUGCUUCAGGAUGAGGCCGAGAAGAAGAUGACUGCGAUUCCUCGCGCUGCCCCCGGCUCCUUCAUUGAUUUCCAGAUUUCUCCUACCAUCACCGCUUUCGGUCUUCAGAAAAACUUUGCCCCAGCUGGCGCUGAGACUGAAACCCUCAACUCCGAGGGCCUCUUGGACUUCCUGUCUGCCGACUUUGCCCGUGCCCUCAAGGACCUGGCCGUUAUCCUCAACGAUCUGAAGCGGCUAGCUACUCUGGGAGACCUACCCAUCGCACUCCAGGAUAAAUCAACUAUUAGAGUAAGGUUUCCGGGUUGCGAUGCGGAGACAGUGGAACGACUUUGCGACGAAGUAGGGGUACACCGAGGAAAGGUUAUGCAGGAUGCAGAUUUCGACAUCCGCACUGGUGCUGAACUUGCGCUCCUCUUCCCCUUCGCCCCCAGCGUUUCCCCGUCCUCUGACACGGAGGAUUUCUUCUUCCACGAAGAGGCAAAAUCGUCGCAACGACCCGAUGAAGUCGAUUGGGAGGCAAUGCUAUCCGGUGAAGAUGGGACACAACCAUCCGCCGGAUAUCCGAAACAGUCACCCAACGAGUUCAGCUUCGAUGACGUGACCAUGUUUGGAUCCAACCCUUGGGCCAAGUCUCCCUCGGAUUAUUCAAGCAUCGGUGUGAGCGAGCUCGGUGACCGUGCGUUCUUUCCUGAUGUGAUGAGCAACGGUAUUCCGGAGAGUGCGUCGGCCUAUGAAGGGUCUGAAGGCAUCCGCAAGUUCAUAGCCGAAUGUGACCAGGCCACUGCGUUCCGCUAA